AAAAUCGACAUGCAUAUGCUUGCGAGUCCAUCACUAUAUGUGCCGAGUCUCGAGUCCACCUUCCUGAGAGGUGGCUGGGGAUGGAGAUAGAGUACCAGUACGGAGCACUCUACAUGGGCCCCUCUGGAUUGAGCUCAUAUCGGACGGGAUGCCAACAACAACACUAUUGGAGCCAGCAUAUCCCCAGUCUCGGCAAGCGCGCAACACCUGCCAACAACAAAUUCAACUACGGCGGGCGGUUGUAA